GAUAGAUGGAGAAAAAUAGCGACAGGCCAAAAAUGAAGAGGAGGGCAGACGACCUGGUGGAAUUGAGGGAGACAACAAUUCUGGUUUAGAGGGACGCUGGGAUGGAGAGGAGAAUGGAGCGGAAUGUUUUUUUUCGGCAUCUCUUAACACCCUAAGGAGAGAGCCUCCUGUGCAGAGUGGAGAGGGGCAGGAAACAGGAGAUAACCACGCUCCACUUUGCUUCGGCCUCUGUGGCAGUCUGUGCUGUAAUGACUCAAUGACUCGGAUUGUAGCCCAAAUGUUUGUUUUCCAGGCUUUGCUGUAGAGAAAUUGCUGCAACUUUCUGCUCUUCUACAUUUUGUCUGAAUGUCGUACGAGUGCGGUUGGAUUUCAGCUUCAUGUCUGCCGGUGCAGGAGGGAUGUGCUCUGAUGGCUAAUUGAGCCGAGCUCGAUUGCUGCUUCGUAGGCCUGCGGGACUGUUGGAAAAGCCUAGCCCUCGCUUGUCUGGAGCGCCCGAGACGACGGGCCGCAGAGCGCCGAGGGUGGAGGAGGCACUGGACGACGAUGAGGAGGAGCACUGUUAGCCAGCUCGCCCAUGUAUAGCAACUGUCUUCAUCGCUCCCGCUCCACCACUGAGGCAUAGGUUUUUUCUCCAUCCCACAUGAUGCGUUUUAGGCCUUCCUGUCAUUCCUAACAGGAAAGUGGAUUUAAUAUUUUAAGGCAAGGAAGCCAGGGGCCCGUGCCUCGCUGCUACUUGUUCCGGACGAGGCCUCCUCCCCACUUGCUACUUCUGAGUUAACUUGGCCUUUGUAUUUCUUUUUCUUGACAUUCUAAGGAUUUGCCUAAACCUGUUUCAUGCAUGUCCACUGGAGGCAGGUUUGACUUUGAUGAUGGGGGGUCGUACUGUGGGGGGUGGGAGCAGGGAAAAGCCCACGGCAGAGGGGUCUGCACGGGGCCACAGGGUCAGGGCGAGUACGCUGGGGCAUGGAGUCACGGCUUUGAGGUCCUGGGUGUGUACACGUGGCCCAGUGGGAACAGCUAUCAGGGCACCUGGGCGCAAGGCAAGCGGCAUGGCAUUGGAGUGGAGAGCAAGGGCCGCUGGGAUUAUAGAGGGGAAUGGACGCAAGGGUUCAAAGGUCGCUACGGACAGCUGGAAAGCACAGCCAGUGGCGCUCGCUAUGAGGGAACGUGGAGCAACGGCCUCCAGGAUGGAUACGGAACUGAAACCUAUUCUGAUGGAGGAACCUACCAGGGCCAGUGGCUGGGUGGGAUGCGUCAUGGCUACGGCGUGCGGCAGAGCGUGCCAUACGGCAUGGCGGCCGUCAUCCUCUUCCCUCUGCGAACGUCCAUAAACUCCCUCCGUUCUGAGCACAGUCACGGCCCCCCGGCUGUGCUUGAGGACAGCGUGGCCAACACGCCCACGGACGGGGUGGUGGCUGGGCUGGCCGGCAGCCCCCUCGGCCGAGGAGGCUUUGCUCUCAUUGCUCCAAGUGAAGCCGAGCGCCAGAGAAAGAGGAAAGGUCGCUUCCGGCAGUCCAUCCUCAGCGGCCUGAAACUACGACGCUCGGAAUCUAAAAGCUCCCUUGCCAGUCAGCUGAGCAAACAAAGUUCUUUCUGCAGCGAGGCUGGCAUGAGUACGGUCAGCUCGGCUGCGUCCGACAUCCACUCCAAUGCGAGUGAAAAUGAACAGGGCGCUCCUGUGGAUGCAACUGUGACAGAAAUGUAUGCAGGUGAGUGGCAAAGCGACCACAGGGCUGGCUGGGGCGUGGGUCGACGCUCGGAUGGCCUUCACUACGCAGGUGAAUGGGCAGGGAACAAAAGACAUGGGUAUGGAUGCACCACCUUUCCUGAUGGCACCAAGGAAGAGGGAAAGUACAAGCAGAAUGUGUUGGUGAGCGGCAAGCGCAAGAACCUGAUUCCGCUGAGGGCCAGUAAAAUCAGGGAGAAGGUGGACCGAGCUGUUGAAGCUGCAGAAAAGGCUGCGGAAAUUGCCAAGCAGAAAGCUGAGAUUGCCAUGUCAAGAAUGAGCCACGCUCGUGGAAAGGCAGAGGCGGCGGAGGGAGUUGCACGGAAGGCCAUGGAAGAAUGUCGACUGUCACGGAUAGCUGCCAAAGAGCUCUCACCCUCCUUUCACAUCUACGGCAAUGGGCUCGAAUGUCAAAUGCCCCAGCACCAGAACGUCAAGGACAAAGACCAUGAGGUCAUCUCCACCGGAACAGACAGUCCAGAGCUGUGUACUCCGGACAUGACACCGCCUGUUAUAACGCCCGAUCUCAGCCCUGCGCUGAGUGUCCCCAUCUGUCCGGCCCGCAGCCCACCCAAUCAUGUACAUCGUUCCAGAAAUGCUUGCUUCAUGAGACAGAGCGCCGUGGAUGAUCAGGGUGGGUCAGAGAUCCAAGUUCUGGUGGAGUCACGGGCCACGGACAUGCUGAAGGGGGGUGCUAACAACUGGGCGGAUGACGUGUACCCAGAUCGAGGAUGUAGCAGCCGCUCAACGACGCCCUCUUUACUUGAGGAACAGGAGGGACAGGUUAAUGGCCACGAUCCAGUCCCUGUAACCAACCACAAGCUUCGUGAGAAAUCAAUCUCUAAUUUCAAAGUCCGGGAGCACACUUCUUCCCACAGAGCAUGGGAGCAUUCUGCGUCCAACCCAAAGUCCUCCAAGCUUGCCACCUCUUCUCACAAGUCAAGGGAGUACACGUCAUCCAAUCAUAAAACAUGGGAUCACUCGUCGACCAAUCACAAGGCUUAUGAGCAUGCCUCUUCCAACUAUAGGCAGGUACACAUUUUAUCCAAUCACAAGGCUUUGGAACAUAACGUGUCCAAUCACAAGACUUCUGAGCAUGCUUCCUCCAAUCACAACUCCCAAGAUUAUAUCUCCUCCAAUCACAACCCCAAAGACCACGUUGCCUCCAGUUACAACUUUCGAGAGCAUGUCUUCUCCAACCACCACCUGAAGCAGCACAAUCCCUCCAACCACAAACUUAAUGAGCAUGCUGUAAUUGACCAAAGGCAAGAUGGCCUCACCCAGGGUUGGACUGCAGAAAGCAGCCUUAGGUGGAGCCCCGCCCAUUCACGCCUCACAGAGCAGGAUGAGGAAAGGAUGAAUGACUACACAGUAGACAUGAGGCCGCAGAUACCUCGAGGCUUGGCUCAGGAAUCACCGGCCCCCAAAAACAACCGGCUGAGAUCCCGAGGCCUGAGACCGGUCAGAGAGGGAUCCGUGGACUCUGUCCAGAUGCUGGACAAUUUGAAUGCGGGGGCGGAGCUAGAGGACUGGCCGCUGCAUAGGGACCUCACCCUCUCCCCACCGCUUCAGUCUCAGCCCAUCACUCUGGAGCAGGAAGGAGAGAUUCUCACCCUCAAAUCAAACUCAGGCUCCAGCUCCAUUCUGGUGAUUAUGGUCAUCUUACUCAAUAUUGGAGUAGCCAUUCUUUUCAUUCAUUUCUUUAUUUAAGCUAAAACAGGUAUGAUCUACUAAGACUUAUUGAUUACUGCAGUAUAUUAUAUUAUUGAGAUGGACAUUGUGCUUAGUCCACUGUAGCCCACAGCCUGAAUGACGGUCACAGAGCCUCAGUUUCUGCAUGAACGCCAUUCCUUUUACUCUUAUUUUGAGCUUGCAACCAUUAAAAGAUGAUUGAAUAAGUUUCAUAAUCAAGUGAAGAUUGCAGCUUUACACAAUUGUGGCAUUUAUGGACACAUAUGCAUGGGUGUCCAUUGCAUACUUUUAAAUGGACUCUCACCGGCAGAUUAGGUCCAUUUUCCAUCCCUUGAGAAAAAAAAAGAAGAAACUGGUUAUCAUUUCGCAAACACAUGAAACUCAAACUACAUUUUGCACUGCACAUCAAAACAGACGUCGUCCUUCAACUUUUUGUGAUUCUCAGUCCCAUGUAUCAAUCUCAUUCCCCUCUUCGCACUAUGCGCAACAUACAGAACUAUGCUGCAAGAGUAGAUCCAUUUAAAGGGCUCAGCCAUUAUUUAUUUAUUUAUUUAUUUAUUUAUUUAUUUAUUUAUUUAUUUAUUUAUUUAUUUAUUUAUUUAUUUAUUUAUUUAUUUAUUUAUUUAUUUAUUUAUUUAUUUAUUCAAGUUGUUCCAAAUCCAAUUGAAACUUUUGCUUGAGGCUGUGUGGGGGUGUUAAAUGCAUUAUCAAUCCUUUUAACAUCACUAUUCUCUUUUCAUUUGUUUAAAUUCUAUCUUCACUACUUGUUGCAUUUGUUUGCGGUCGCCACACAACCAAAUCUUUGGAUCUGGGGAGGGAAAAUUAAGGCUCAUGUGUGAUUUGUGAACUUUUGUAUAUCACCAACACCAAAUUUAUACUCAAGGAACUUUGUUGGCAAAGAGAUCUUUUUUUUUUUUCUGUCAGCACUCCUUGCACAUCGACACACAUUCGCACGCGGCAACCCAACAUGUGACAUUUAACUGCUGACAAUACGAGAAUUCAGCCUUGUCCCUUUGUACAGCCUCCAGACUGUUAUGUUAGGACCGCUAAUUAUAUACUAUGGUAUGUGUAUGUGUCAUUAUUAUUCCUAUUUGACACAUUUUGAGAGCCAGCGAGAAUGUAGAGUGCCUCAUGUUAAUUCCGUUUCCGUCUCCAAUGAAUUUUAAUGUAAAUUGCGAUAAAAUCCACAAUGAUGCCAGGCUACGAGGAAACAAAUAACCUUCAACACAACUCACACACUCCCCACCUAACCAGGAAUGGCAUGCACUGUUUUGACUCCGUCUCUUAGUCACCCUUUGAACCACUCAAAAUGGGAAGGUGGGGUUUCUACGGUGUCAUUUGCUGACACUUUUUGGGCCGGAUGAGAUUUUUCCGCAUGUUUGUUCAGCCUGCUCAAUCUGGUGUCACUUUGUAAGCUCUCUCCUCCUCGUCUCUUUUAUUUAGUAACACAAGGCUACGUGAGACAUGGAGAGCAGUGUAAAAUAAACGCUAGCUUUUAACUCUCGAAAUGUCAUGAGUUUAUGAAUGAUAUAAAAACAAAUUCUCUACUAUUAUAUAUGUUUUAUACUUGGCACCCAGUGGCAUCAUCAUAUUGUGACAUCAUUGCAUGCCCGAGCAUGCUCUUUCUUACGCUUUGGUUUAUGAGAUUGUUAAUGUGGGAAAAAAUAAUAAAAUGUUUGAAAUAUGAAAUAGUGACUCGUGGUUAUUGAAUGCCAUCAUUGAGAUGGUUUCUACUUUGUCACAGG